AUGGAGCGGGUCCAGAAGACCCGAAACAAGGGCCCGGCUUGUACUCAAUGCCGCCAGCUGAAGUUGAAAUGUGACUCGGCUCAGACCUUUCCGGCGCCGUGCACAAGAUGCACCAGAACUGGCUCCAAGUGUCUGAUCGACUCUCACUUCCGACGAGAGAAGCGCCAGGAACGGAUCGAGAGGCUGGAAGAGCAACUGCUCGAGGCAAAGCAGAAACUCGAAGGCACACCACGAGAAGCAUCUGCUCCUGCGGCUGGGUCGCCCGAAGCUCGACACCGCCCCUCGAUUGUCGAGGAAGACUUCAGCACGUUCGAUUUCGCCCAGUUCUUCGAAGACCUGCAACCGACGACUCUCGACGACAUCACGAUACAGCCCCAGACAAUCGUCGAGCUAUUUGAGCGCUACUACCUUUACCACCACCUGCGGUUCCCCAUCUUGUCCUCGCCGUCGAUUACCUUCCGGUCGUCGAGGAAAUGGCCACCCUUGUUCUGGAGCAUAAUUCUCGUAUCGGCCAAAUGCCGGCAGCAUGUUGCUCUGUACUCCAAGCUCAGCCAGCCGCUCAAAAGGCUCGUCCUCAGUCCGGAGUACCUCUCAAGUCAGUCGCUUGAGAUGAUCCAGGCGCUACUCCUGCUCUGUACCUGGGCAGGGGGCGACGACAGGAGCUGGACCGACCUGUCGUGGACAUACAGCGGCAUCGCCACUCACGCAGCUCUACAGAUGGGCUUACAUCGACCCGAAUAUGCAAACGACUUCAUCUAUGGCUCGAAAUUCGACGAUGAGAUCAUAUUGUCUCGGAGGAAAGCAUGGAUUGCUUGCUUCAUCGAGAACGAGAUGGCAAGCCGCAGAAUUGGCGUUCCAUGCACCGCCCCCAUCGACCAUACCAUCCUCGAAGCCCUUUCAUCCCCAGCAUCCACCAUCCCAGUCAAGCUCAAACAACAGCUCCAAAUCGCCUAUCUGUCCUACAGGACGAAUACUACCCUAGGCAACUCCGAUCUCAGCCCGGCAGGUGUCCUCCAGAGCUCCAUAUCAGCCAUCCACAUGUUCGAGAAGGAAUUCUCCCUGAUGGAAUCCACGUCCGGCCUACUGUGGUCGCCUCACGAGGAAGUACUGUUUCUUGGGUCGAAGCUGAAUCUGUACAUCUACGCAAUAACUUCCUCGAACAUUAGCAGCACUCAGAAUGGCCGGCACUCAAAUGUGGACGAGUUCAUCGGACCCGCACUCGCAACAGGCCUGAAGCUCAUCGACGUCGCCAACAAUGCCGAGGGUGAAAUCAGCUCGUGGAGCGUCCACACCAAGGAGUCUCUCAUUGCGGCGACGUUCUUCCUGUUGAUGCUGCGAGACAGCGAACACCCUCUGGUCGACCUUGCCGCCACGAGAAAGGCAAUCGGCCAAGCCUGGAACACACUUCAUGCUUGCAUCAUCACCGAGCACGACUACCUCAGCCGGACGUGCACCACCAUCUCAUACCUCAGCCAGCAUCCGCUGAAGAGGGAGGGCAACGGUUUUGCAUUAAAGACGAAGUCCAGAAUGGCGUCGAGUAUCAUGUGGGACACGAUCAGACGUCUCAAGGAGCACUUUGGCCUGGAAAAGCCGGCCCAGUCUCUGAGCGAACGACUUGCCGCUGCGAGUGGCCAGACUCAGACAACGCCCAACGGGACGGAAAUGCAAAUCUUCCCGGACAACCUAUCGUUCGAUUACGGAGGCGACCUUAUCGACUGGGAUUCCCUGUUCACUGAACUCGGAGACUUUUACGUGCCGCCACAGUUUGACGAGCCAUGA